UCGAGAUAAGGAGUUAGUCGAGUGAAAAUGUACAGACUAUUCGCAAGCACUGCCGUCGGCCUUUUUGUCGCUAUCGCGUUCAACGUUCUCGUGCCGCAGCCUGUGGCCGCAGUCUCAUGCGGACAGAACAAGAGCCACAACGCUGUCUUCGGGCACAGGCAAUCCGGAGAUCAGUUGCUUUUCAUGGACCACCCUAAAGUUAACUACAAAGUGUUGAGAGUGGUCACCUACGACGUCGACUACAAGAGCCCACUGAACCCCCAUUACGUCAUCACAUACGUCGAAGCUCUCGACCAGUUCACGGACCACAACGGUGGCUGCGCUUUGCUCCAGAGCGGUGGAGUCGGAUCCGACUACCUCAAACUUCACCUCAAAUCGCAAAGAAACUACGGCCUCGAUUUUGUUGUUAGUGUUUAUGGAUUAAGACAUUGGUAAAUUGCAUGUUAUUAAGAAGAAGUUCUAAAAGAAUCAUC